AUGGCCCGUUCCGUGAAAGAAGGGGCAGAACGUGCAGGUAUUGCUACAAAUGUCGAUAUUCUUCAAGUCCCAGAAACUUUAUCUCAAGAAAUCUUAGAUAAAAUGCACGCACCUCCAAAAGCUGAUGAUAUCCCAAUUGCAACCACGAAGAAAUUAUUAGAAUAUGAUGCAUACAUAUUUGGGGUUCCUACUAGAUUCGGACACGCAGCUGCUCAAUUGCAUGCCUAUUGGGAUGCAACUGGUGGUCUUUGGGCUCAAGGACAAUUACACGGGAAACCUGCUGGUAUAUUCGUAUCAACUGGAACUACAAAUGGAGGUCAAGAAGCCACUGCCCGUAACUUUAUAGAAUAUUUUGUUCAUCAUGGUAUGCCAUAUGUUCCGUUAGGUUAUUCUACACUUUUUGAUGAAUUCAAUAGAAAUGAGGUUAGAGGUGGAAGUCCAUAUGGUGCAGGUACUUAUGCUGGGGCUGAUGGGAGUAGAUCUCCAACUGAAUUGGAAAAGAGCAUGGCUGCUCAACAAGGUAAAGAUUUCGUCAAGACUGCCAUUAAAUUUGUAGCAACCCUUCCUCCAAAUUCAAAAUCUAUCCCACUUGAAGAAGAAGAAGACGUUGAUCCUCUUGCUGGAAAGGCUCCUGUUGAGAAGGCUAAAGAGGGUGCAACUGAAAAGACUAAAGAUGGGAAGAAGACAAUUACAGGAACUGGAGAGACCGUUGCAGCUACCACUGCUGCUCCAACUACCGCUGGCGCUAGAGCCCAGCAAACUUCUCAAACUCCUGAAACUGAAGAGAAGGGAUUCUGUUCUAAAUACGAAACUGGAAGAUCCAUGCUUUGGAUCCUACUUUUCCCGCCUGAAGUUGUUCAGAUUAUAUUUGAUGAUAUACCUCUCCCGUACCUGCGGGAGUAUAUCGACAUAGAUCAAAUUGGCGUGUAUGCAUUCAAUUCAUUAUACUCCAAUAUCGUGAUCGUUGAUUGCGCAAGUGAAUAUCGCAGUUCCAUAAAGAUGCCCAAGGCUCUACCUGGCGAGACAGAUGUAUUUUCAAGACCUUUCAAUUGCAAGAAAAUCCAUGGUAGUUUAAAAUAUCCGGGGAAUUUACCCUUUAAUAAUAGAGUCAGAGAUUGGAAAGCCCCCGCAGAAUAUUUUUUAGAUUUGGAAGAGUUUAUUGAGUUUAUUCAGGUAAAUCCAAAGUUUUCUCCGUCAAAGAUAACAUUUGUUAGGCCCAGGGAUUUGCUAAGGUUCCAAUCAGUUUGCUCUGACAUGAGUUCCAAAGUACGAAGGAUCCAUUUGUAUACUAAAUUGGACAUCAAAAGGGAGGCUUACUUCGACAACGAGUUUGGAGACUGCGAGAAAGUGAUGUGCAGUGCAAUUCCCAAUGUAAGAUACAGUUACAUAUUAAGAGACAUUGAUCCUUUAGAUGUGCGGCUUCCACACCUCAUGUACUAUGUUCUGCUAAUUGAAUGUCCAAUAGGGAAUUUUGAAACUACAUUUAAAGGACUUUCCAUUACACACCUUGUACUUGAUUUGGUUGAAAUAAAUGCUGAUGAUUUGGAGUUCCUUCCUAGUACUGUAAAAUAUUUAUCAUUGAAGCGAUCGUUGUGGCUGAACUCGAAUGUGUUGGACAUAAAGUUCCCUCCUCAUUUGAUUGAAUUAGACAUCAAUCAGUUUGGGGAUAGUUGUACUAGGGUGGUUGAUCUACUGGCUUUAAAUAAGCUUCGCUAUCUUAAAAUUUCUCCAUUACAGAUCACAGCAUUUUCGGAUUUAAAAUUACCAAAAUCCAUUGAGAUGUUAAAAUUAGGGGCUUCUAGGUUGGAAAGCUUAGAUGGAAUAGAAGAGUAUAAGAAUCUACAUAGCAUGUAUUUUCAGCCAUAUAUCGAUCCAUAUUUUAAUACGCAAUGGUAUAUUUCCGAAGAAGAUGGUUGGGUUGACUUGUGGGAGGAUAAAACUUUAUUUUGUGCACAACAUUACUGGGCAGGAGCUUUUGGCUUAACUCGCUUUCCAAAAGCACGAAUUAACAAACUUCAGAUCAGUGGUAAUUACGGAAGUCCGGAGCUUCGGACCUGGCUGUGUUUACAUAUUGAUAGUUAUCCUAAUUUGACAGUUUUGGAUCUAUCUAACACGUCGUUGUCACUGAUUACUUCGUGGAUAUUCCCAGAGACCUUGAUGGUGUUGAGCCUUUCUUCAUGCGGUAUUCUUAAAUUCCAGAAUCAUAAUGUGGCCAAUUUAAAAAACAUACGAAGAUUGAGCUUGCAUGAUAAUGGAUUAAUCACUGUAGAAGAUCUUCUAGAAACCCUUUCUUCGAGUUUGAAAGAGCUUGACUUGCUGGUUAACAUGAUUUCUAAGUUUCAGGGCUCUUAUUUAUCAUUAAUAUCCCUUAAUUUAUCACUCAAUGAUUUACCUAUACCUACCCAUGAGAAUCUCAGCGUGCCAGAUUGUUGUGAAAGAUUGUGUUUGGAUAAUAAUUGGAUUUCAGAAUUUGAGAAAUCAUUCCACUUUCCAAAGAAUUUGAAAGAAUUAUCUAUCAACGAAAGCAAUUUAACCUCAAUAAACAAUGAAAACUUUUUCAAUAAACUUCCACAGGGCUUACGUUAUCUUCUUUUAGGAUUUCAUGAACAGCCUACCGAGACCCUGGCCAAUUGGAAUUUCCCAAAAAGUUUACGCCAAUUAUGCUUAAAAAAUGCUUCUCCAAUGUUGGCACUCAAUGACCUUCCAUACUUGGAAGAAUUGGUGGUAACGGAUUCAGUGACCAUGUUAGAUCUGCUCCCGCCAAGUUUAAAGAAGAUGGAAUUGGAGGAUUGGACAGGAUCGUUAGCCCGCUUGGUUAAUUUAGAGGUGGUUCUGUUGUCAGGAUGGGAAUAUGAUAAAAACGACCUCGAUUCAGUGACUAAAAAUAUACUUGUUCCAGAAUCAGUUAAAUAUAUCACAGUUUAUGAUCCUGAUGCUUCUCUGGUAGUUGAUUUUAGAAGAUGCAAACAAUUACAUUAUAUCGAGUUACGAGAGUGCUCCCUUGAUAAAUUUACAGAGUGCAUGCUAGAAUUGCUUGAGAGCAAUCCUCGAAUUCGAGUUCAUUUGGGGGCACUGAUGUCAUUUUUAGAAAACAGCACACUUGAAAAUUUGCGAGAGCUGGGGGGAUUGGUAUACGAUGAUUUAGCUGCGUCGUGA